AAAAUGACGCAUUGGACGAGAUAAUAACACCGGGAAGCCCAUCAGAUAACCCAGAUCGUGAAAUAAUCGAUCCCAAAAUCUUAGAAAUCAACCAACAGUUGCAGAACUCUUGGAAACGGCGAAACAGAAGAAUCGAU